AUGAGCGCACCUCGUUUCCUACUCAUCAGCCUGGGAAAUCCAGAGCCACACUACAACACCCUUCACUCAGCAGGCCACCAUGCUCUCAACUCUCUCCAAAAACUCCUGGGCCCCUCUCAACCAGCCUUCCACAGAGGCCGCUUCGGUGGCAGCUCCUGCCUGGCCUCAUUCGGGCCUAAAUACGCAAUGAUCCAGAGCCCCUCCGUCAUGAACGUAACCGGAAAAUGGCUGGCAAAAGCAUGGAAAGAAACCCUCGGCACCCGGAACCCAGCAGAUCUGAGCCUCAUCCUUGUCCACGACGAUCUGGAAGAGGAGCUUGGAUUCGUCAAAACAAGAAAGUGGAAGAGCAGUCACAGAGGCCACAAUGGUAUCAAGAGCGUCAACAACUGUCUCCGUGAGGCAGAUUACCCAGAGUCAAAAUGGGCGAGGAUAGCAGUUGGCAUUGGACGGCCCGAUCAGCGCGAUCACUCUACGGUAUCUAACUACGUCCUGAAGCGCAUGACCAAGGACCAAUGGUCUGCCCUCGAGACCAACGGAGGCCCUGGCGUGCUUGAGUGCCUUCUCGCAUUCGAGGAGAAGCUUGACGCUGCAGCUGGGAAGUGA